UUGACAUUAUUGUAAAAACUCUUAUUUUGAAUUUGCUUGUUGUUAUAGCUUACACGUGAUUUGUUGAUGAAUGUGAAACACUGCCGUUUGUUUUUCAGAUAAACCAUCUUAUGAUGAUGGAGAAGAUAGUUAAGGAUGUUGGUGAUAUUCAGUCCAGACUUGUGGAUCACAGGCCGGUUAUACAGGGAGAAAUCAGAUACUUCCUCCGGGAAUUUGAGGAAAAGCGUGCUUUCAGAGAAUGUCGUCUGCUUGACAAACUGAAUAAGAUGAUAUCAGACACCAAUGCUCACCAUCUGCCGCAGUGUACAGAGAGUAUGCACGACAAACUGUGUGACGCUCUUACACGCCUUGAAGCAGCGAAUCAUAUGACUCAGAGGAUCCAGCAGAGGGAGCUAGCGGCUGAAAAGAGUACACAUCUGCAGGUGAGUUUGGAGAGGAGGAGACAGGACUGGGACGGUUUCAUGAAGGAUCAGUCUCAUCUGAAGCAGGAGGUAGAUGAAGAACAUGCAAAAGCAGUGGCAAGACUCAGUGCUCAGUACGAUGAGAUGAAGAAAGACCUGGUGAAAAACAGUAAUAUCUGAAAUGGUGACUGUGUGGCUAUUAGUAUCAUGAACAUGUUUAAUGCUACUAAACUGUCCGGCCAAUGAAUAUAUAUAUUACAUACCUCCAUUUUUAUAUUAUGUAGGCUGUUUGUUCACCAAAAAAUAACCAUUUUGUCAUUACAGUAUCUUUCAUUGGGGUGGUUUCCCGAACCAGUCUUAUCUUAGUCCAAAAUCAAUGUUUGAGCUGCUUUCCUUAUUUACUGAUUUUUUUUUAUGUCAAUUCAAUCUUGUGUGAUGUUAUUGAUCUCUUUUUGGAACAUGAGGACAUUUUUAAGCACCUUCAUGCAAGCUUUAUUCUUUUAACAGUAGUUCAUAUUAACCAUGUCAGCCUUUCUAUCUCCAAAAUGGCAUAAAGUGACUUAAAAAAUCCCAAAGUGGUCAACAUUACCACUUUGCACUAUAUUUCCAGUGUUUUAGAGGCAUGUUAUUGCCAAAUUAAAUAUAAGUUAUUCCCUGAAAAUCUGCAGCUUUUAAGUCGCUUACAGUAUUUAACACUUUAGGGAUAAACGAUCAUCUAAUGAUUAUGUGUAUUUAGGUGUUGUAUAUUGCAUUUUUGUACAUGUUGUUUGGCACAAACAUACAAAGACAAAAUAAAUGUCUAUCAAAAAAUAA